AUAAUAUUGCCAACGAUCGAUCAAAGAAACGCUCGUCUGACAUAAAUACAUUUCCCAAAAUGAGUUCGUCGGAUGAAUCAAGUUGCGAGAAGGAAAAGAAAUAAAAAGGACAGAAGGUGCUUUUUUAUUAGACAGGCCCGCAAGAAGUUGCAAGAAAAAAUAAAUAACAUCCCGAGGACAGGCCAAGGUGCCAAGGUAAACGAAUAUAAUGCGUGUCUUGACGAAAAUGUUUUGCCCCUUCGCGGGCAAAACUACCAUGAAAGACCAUCGGCGUACCGGUAUAGAUAUCGGUGAACGCUCUUACUUGUGUGACGUCUGCAACAAGUCAUACCGCUCUAAAAAGGAAUUGAAAUUACACAUCAUGAAACAUACAGGCGAUUUUCCGCACAAAUGCGUUUAUUGCGACAAGGGAUUUACACGUAAACGGGAUAUGCUGUAUCACUUGACGAAGCAUACGAAUGAAAGAAAUCAAAUAUGCGAUGUAUGUGGUAAGUGCUUCGCCCGAAAGGACAUGUUAUACAACCACAAAAAAAUUGUACACUCCAUGGAAAAACCGUAUACAUGUAAAUGUGGCAAGAGUUACAAGCGUAAAAAUGAUCUCAAAAAGCACAAACGCUUAAAAUUAGGGAUGUGUGAAAAAUCGCGAGAAUUAAGUUCAGUCGGACCAGAUCCGAAUUUAAUUCCAGAAAAUUUAAACAAAAAUAGAAACAACAGAGAUUACAUUUCUGCUGAACAAGUGGGCACAAGUAAUGUCACGAAAAAGACUAAUGACAUAGCGAGAAAGUGCCAAGGUGCCAAGAUGAACGAAUCUAAUGUGUGUCUUGAAGAGAAUGUUAAACAAUCUAAAGCGAAAAGGGUUGCACUCAUCGAUGAUACAGAUAUGAUUUGCCAGUUCUGUAAUAAAACAUUUACUUAUCAGAAAAGCUACCUUACUCACCUUGUACGCCAACACGAAGAUAAGACAGAGUACAAGUGCUAUCCCUGCUUUAAGGUAUUCCGUACACUUGAUAGUCUGAUUCGUCAUCAAAAGAACAUCCACUAUGUUAAGAAAGAUCACCCUUGCGACAUAUAUGACAAAAACUUCAAGAGCAAAACCACCAUAGAAGACCAUCGGCGUAUCCAUACCAGUGAACUUCCUUACUUGUGUAAAAUAUGCGACAAGUCGUUCAGCUGCACAAAGAACUUGAAGGAACAUAUCAAAAGUCAUACAGACGAUUUCCCGCACAAGUGCGACUAUUGCGGCAAGGGAUUUAAAAGUAAACAGGAUAUGCUGCAUCACUCGACGAAACACACAAGCGAGAGGAAGCAGAUAGAUGAUACAGAUAGAAUUUGCAAGCUCUGUAAUAAAAAAUUUUUUUCGCGAAAAAGUUAUCGUGAUCAUGAACGCUAUCACGAAAAUGAGACAACGUACAAGUGCCGUCUCUGUUCUAAGAAAUUCAGUACGCUUUGUAAUCUGGUUCGUCAUCGAAGGAACAUCCACAACCCUAAGAAGCAUCCUUGCAACAUAUGUGACAAAAGUUUUGCGGAAAAGUCCGCUAUGGAAGAUCAUCGGCGUAUCCAUAUCGGUGAACGGCCGUACAUGUGUGAUACUUGUAACAAAGCAUUCACAUCCAAAACGAGAUUAUAUAAUCACAUUAAGAUUCAUAUAGGCAAUUUCCCGCAUAAAUGCGCUUAUUGCGGCAAGAAUUUUUGUAUAAAUCUAGUAUGA